UCAAAGUGAAAAGACAAUUCAAAUUCGAUUUUAACUUUAAUUUACAAUUUAAAUAUAAUUACAUAUUCACAUCUAAUAAUUAACUUUUGUAAUAAGCAUUUGCCAAUGAAAGCUCUAAUUGUCCUUGUAUUGUGCCUGCAGUUGCACCGCAUUUCGGCCGCCGAGAGAUGCCAACUACAUCAUAAAGGAGAAAAUAGACAAUUUCCAGAGGACUUCGCUUUUGGUGUCUCCACUGCGGCAUACCAAAUAGAAGGCGGCUGGAAUGUAGAUGGUAAAGGACUCUCCAUUUGGGAUACCUACACACACGCGCAUCCAGAGCGUAUACUAGAUCGUACAAAUGGCGAUGAGGCAGCCGAGUCUUACCACCGCUUCGAACAAGAUUUGGCGGCGUUAAAGGCUCUUAAGGUCAAAUUCUAUCGCUUCUCGUUCUCCUGGCCACGCCUGCUGCCUAACGCCGAUACGACGGUGAUAAAUCAAAAGGGCAUUGACUACUACAACAAUAUAAUUGAUAAGUUGUUGGCAAAUGAUAUUGAACCCAUGGUGACGAUGUUCCACUGUGAUCUGCCCGAGGCUCUCAACAAAUUCGGCGGCUUCACCAAUGACAUUAUAAUCAAAUAUUUUCGCUUUUAUGCCGACUUUUUGUAUAAAACAUUUGGUGAUCGUGUAAAGAAGUGGAUCACUUUCAACGAACCAUUCGAUUAUUGUGUUCUAGGCUAUGGCCGAGCAUACUUUCCACCGCUCGUGCAUUCACCCGGUGUGGCCGAUUAUCUAUGCAUGGAUAACACAUUGCGCGCUCAUGCGGCGGCUUAUCGUUCGUACAAAGCGAAAUAUUUCAAAAGGCAAGGGGGCAAAAUAGGCAUCACCAUUAGCAGCCGCUUCUACUAUACACAGCGCGGGGAUAAGCACACCAUCGAGCGCGCCAUGCAGUAUUCGCUCGGUUGGUUGGCGAAUCCUAUUUAUAGCAAAAGCGGCAAUUAUCCCCAGCUUGUUUUGGACGAUAUUGGAAAUAAUAGUUUACGUGAAGGCUUGGCUUGGUCACGUUUGCCACCCUUCAGUGAGUUCUGGACGAAAAUUAUUAGAGGUUCUGGCGACUUUUUGGGCCUUAACUAUUACACCUCACGUUAUGCUGAACUGUCGCAACCGCCUAUUGGUGAGGUGCCUUCAUGGGAAUUCGACUCGCAGUUGGAGUACACUGUGGACGAGAAAUGGAAGCAAGGCAAUUCCAACUGGCUUUACUGUGUGCCGCAAGGGCUCGAAGAUAUUUUGAAAUGGAUCCGAGAUCGCUAUGACAAUGUCGAGGUAUUUGUGACAGAAAAUGGUUGGUCGGACUAUGGCGCAUUAGAGGACACGGAUCGCAUUGAUUUUUUGCAGGCUCACCUUCAAGCUGUACUAAACGCCAUCAAUGAUGGCUGUAAUGUCACACAUUAUUCACACUGGAGUUUAAUCGAUAAUUUUGAAUGGAAUAUGGGCUACACCCAAAAAUAUGGUCUCUACUAUUUGAACCUGACGAGUCCGCAUAAGGAGCGUAUAGCGAAAAUGUCGGCACAUUAUUAUAGAACUGUCAUUGAAAGCAAAAAAAUAUUACCGAUAUUAAAUUGAUUGUUAUUAACGAGUA